UAGUCUCGGGUAGACAUAGGAUUAUUCGCUAUAUGCUGGGAUUGUUGUAACGAGGAUCUCCUAUGUUUUUUCGUCUUUCGCAGCGCAGGUCGGCAGUGCGUAAACGCGAAAGCUGUCGCUACCCGGCAAAGACUGCGGUUGGCGACUGGCGGACUUAGACGGCCGUGAUCCGUUUCUAAGAUGUAUCUGCUUUUCGUACUCCCGCCACUGAUGUGUGUAUUACUUGCAGGGGCUUACAGUACACCCAUGCCAGGAGCGUUAAGCCAUACGUACACGCAGUAGUUCGAUAACACUAUCCGACGGGCAUACACACGCACGUUAUAUACUAACCAUCGUACGUGAGGCCAUCUACAUUAAGCGGAUCGCGACCAGCUGUAGUUUCUGCAGGCUUGUCAAGCACAUCAGGCGUUCACCGGCCUGUCGACAAUCUUCGUCCUAUUUAUGACCGUGAUGAUGGCAACGCUUAGUGUAUUAGCAGAUGACGUUGACGGUAUUGUAUUGAUUUUCUAGCCACAGUCCAUAUCACCAAAGCAGCGUUUGGGACAACAGCGAGGGGCAGGGGCGAGUCGAAUUCUGCAGACUUUUUACUCUCGCUAUUCUUUCCUUAUUCAAUCAAUUCUCCUCCAUCUUCUCAUUAUUUUUCGAAGAGGUCCAGAUUCAAUUUCGGUAGUAAAUGAAAUGUACAAAACGAUACGAACAGGAAUGCUACGCGUAUAUAAGUGUUGUACCAAGGCGCAUACGGUCAGUGUAGUGUGCUGUGGUGUCUUGUCCAGUGUUCUGUGUUCAGUGUGUUGUCCGCUGGAUGUUGUUCGUGUCGCAGGCAAGCACUAAAGAAUUAUUUGUGCAUAUCGGCCACAAUAUGCGUGCUUUCAGUGUCGUCUGUCUUACGCUGUCGGCACUUGCGGUUCACGCUGGCCAUCUCAGCGGUGGCGCCGGAUUUAGCUCAGGCUACGUUCCAACCAGCAGCUAUAGUAGUAAUGGCGGUGGUUACGCACCGGCGGUGGCUGCGGCUCCUGUCGCAGUGGCAGCCCCCAUCGCAGUGGCACCCCCCAUCGCAGCAGCAGCCCCCAUCGCAGUGGCACCCCCCAUCGCAGUGGCACCCCCCAUCGCAGCGGCAGCCCCUGUCGUGGCGGCAGCCCCCAUCGCAGCUGCUCCAGCCGUUUACCCAUUAGCACCUCCCAUCGUCCGCAGUACCCCACAGAUCUCGUCCCCUCUGGCUCUGGUUCCCGCCCCUCCUGCUCCUGCGUCGGUCGGAGCCCCUCAGGUUAUUGCUGCUGGACCGUCUGCUCCACGUGUUCAUGAGAUCCAUUCUCACUCGGCUGGUCGCCAGAUUCGUAUUGAGGAGUACCGUGGACCCCGUCAGCUGAUCCGCGUAUUUGAGGGAGGGCACGCUGCGCCUGAAGUGUUUCGUGUUCAGGCGCCUGCCCAGCAGAGCUCUGUCAUUAGGCUGGUGACCCGUGGAGAACAGAAUCGUGUUCAGCACCUCGUCCACCAAAACCCAAACGUCCAAGUAAUUAAUGUCCAGAAGCAGCCCGCUCCUGGCCCGCGCGUUAUUCACAUUGUUCGCGGUCCUGCACUCCCUCCCCGUGUCGAAGUUGCGCAUGCUGCCCCUGAAGCCCCAGCACAGAUUGUUCUUCAACCCUCUGCCGAGGCACAAACCCACGUCGUAGGACCAUCGCGGCCUGCUGAUGCUGCUGCAGUCGGAGCUUCAAUUUUUGCUAGCAGCCCGGUCACGAUUCCUGCAGCUCCAAUUGCUGCCCCGGCCUUACCAGUCGCUGUUGACACUCCGGUCGUUUCUGCGCCGGUCGCCGUCGCUGCCCCUAUUUCAAGCGGUCUUGCUCCUGUCCAGCAAGUCCACACCAAUGUUGUUCACCACGACGGCGGCUAUUCACAGGGGGGCCACGUGAAGAUCAUCAAAAAGCUUCACUAAGUUCCUAGCGACCGUUUCACUUCUUAAUUAUGUUCUCUCUGAGGGAACUCUGAUAUUGCCAGAUUUCAACGUAGUUAGCUUACUGCAUAGAAAAUCGCAAAGAUCGUGCUUGUUUGUCGCGAAAGUUUGCCAUUAGAUACCUACUAAAGUGAUGAAGUUUAGACCUUACCAGGCCGACAACAACGAGCCCAACAACAGCAGGAGCAGCAGGCGUUAAACGGAGCUAGGACGUUCCUUCUGGAUGAUAAUCUCCAUCUCCGCUGGCAAAUUCUUUCAAAAAUGGCCCAUAAUAGGUCUAACCUCAAAGCACAAAAAAGAUAAAAUGAAGAUCAUAGCAUUACCGUCUAUACCGUGCACUUUUUCAUGUAGUUGCUCGGCCGCUUUGUGUACAGUUUUGUAAAAAUAUAUUAAUUAUAUCAAAUAACUAAGCUCACUGUCAUACUGUCGACUCUCACACCGUAUGUUUAAUAAAUAAAAUGUUUGUCAUUCA